AUGAGUGUGCGCGAUGCUACGCAUGCAGGGACGUGGUAUUCCAGCGAUCCAACUGUGCUAGAGCGCGAGUUAAAUACAUGGCUAGACGCAGCGCAGACAACACCGCAUCCCACAGUGAAUGAACAUGGUCUGCAGGAGCCAGCUGUGGCGCAACACCCUAUUGUGCAAGGCUGCAAAUGCAUUAUUGCCCCACAUGCAGGGUACCGUUUUUCAGGGCCUAGUGCAGCGUGGAGCUACGGAUGCGUCGAUUCUGCGUCUAUCGACCGAGUCUUUGUGUUUGGGCCUUCGCACCGCACGUACUUGGAAGGGCUUGCACUUUCGCCAUUUACCAAGCUGGCAACGCCGCUGGGAAAUCUUGAUGUGGACGUUAAUGUAAAUAAGCAGCUGCACGCUACCUCUCGCAUUCCCUUUAUGAGCCGCGCCGUGGACGAGGCGGAACACAGUCUUGAAAUGCAGUACCCCUACUUGGCCAAAGUACUGCGUGGCCGCAGUGUCAAAGUGAUCCCAGUGCUUGUCGGUGCACUGAAUACCAAACUUGCACAGGAGUAUGCUAGCCAAGUAUUUGCCACGCACGCGCGCGAUCUGCGGACCUUGUUUGUCUUUUCCAGCGACUUUUGCCACUGGGGCGAGCGCUUUGAUUACUGCUACUAUUGCGCGCAAGGUGACGAGCCGAUGCAUCUCGCAUGCAGCACGCCUGUUCAAUACUAUGCACGUACGCCCAUCUACGCGAGCAUUCAGGGCCUCGAUGCAGAAGCCAUGGAAGCGAUCUCUACGAGACCUGCGUCGGUCGCCGUCGCCCAAUUUGAAGCGUACAUGCGGCGUACGCACAAUACAAUUUGCGGACGCGGCCCGAUUCUGCUCAUGCUAGUACUGCUUGCACUACUGGAGACGGAAGGCAAGCACCACGUAUCAGAGCAAUGCGUGCACAACGCCGUUCGAUAG